AUGGGUGAGAUAGGGAAACUUUGUAAUGAGGGUGUGCAAGCCGAAGCUCAAACAUGGAACCACAUUCUAAACUAUAUAGAUUCUGCAACCCUAAAAUGUGCAGUUGAGAUAGGCAUACCAGAUAUCAUCCAUAACCAUGGCAAACCCAUGUCUCUUUCCCACCUCAUCUCUGCCCUACCCAUCCACCCUUCCAAGGCUCCCUACAUCCACCGCCUCACCCACUUUUUGGUCCACACCGGUCUGCUUUUGGUCACGAAACACGGACGAGACGAUGAUGAUGAGCAAGAAGAGUAUUAUUCGCUCACGCCAGCAGGCCGCCUUGUGGUGGGAGAUGAUGAGUCUGUAAAUUUAAGGGCAUUCGUUCACUUAUGCAUUGGAUAUGUUUACCAAAAGUCUUGUAAUUCCUUGGGUGAUUGGUUCAAAAACGAUGAUCCAAGCCCGUUUUGCACUGCCCACGGACAGAAAAUCUGGGAUUUCUUCUCCCAUGAUUCUGGGUACAGUGAACUUUUUAAUGAAGCCAUGACUAAGGACUCGCAGUUGAUUGUGGAAGCGCUGUUGAGCGGUGAGGCGUCUAAAGAUGUGUUUGAUGGUGUUACAUCGCUGGUGGACGUCGGGGGUGGCAAGGGUGGCGUUGCCUCCGCCAUAGCCAAAUGCUUUCCGGCCAUGAAAUGCACCGUACUUGAUCUCCCACACGUUAUAGGUUGUGUAAAUGCUGGAAGUAGUAUUGAGAAUGUGGAGUUUGUGGGCGGAGAUAUGUUUGAAAGUAUCCCCACUGCUAACGUCGUAUUACUCAAGUGGAUUAUGCACAACUGGAACGAUGAAGAGUGCGUGAAAAUACUGAAGAAGUGCAAAGAGGCAAUUCCAAGUAGGGAAUUAGGAGGGAAGGUGAUAAUAAUAGAUAUGGUGAUGGAAGAUCCAAAACAAGACGCUUGUGGUAGCAAGGCGCAAAUCUACAUGGACAUGUUGAUGAUGGUUCUGUUGGGUAGCAAAGAGAGAAACAAGAAGCAAUGGGAGAAGCUAUUCUGGGAAGCUGGUUUUAGUGAUUACAAAAUAUCAUCCACUUUAGGGAUCAGGUCUCUCAUUCAACUGUUCCCUUGA